UCUUGGUCGCCGGAAUCACUAAAAUGUCAGAUUCCUGAAGUCGUGAACAGUACCAUACGUUUAGUAAAAGAACUAGAGAAUCUUUAAAUCAUUGUUGGAAUAGCAUCUUAGUAUCUAAAUUCUAGGUCGAUCUAGAAUCUAAUAAUUUAAUAAUGUCUUCUAACAUUUCCGUGUCCGUCUCUAAGGGUUGUUUUGCUUAUAAGGGAAAAUCAAGAAAAGCAAAGUAUAUUGAUUAUUUGCAUCUGGAGGAUGAUAAAUAUGUGAAAAAUCGCAUGAAACUCUAUGACAAUUUGUGGGAUGAUCUCCAAGUUCAUAUUGACAUUCUUAGAGCAGAUUUAAAUUCACAAAUUUUUGAGGAUUUGAUUACAUUUACUUCAACAUGUCACAAAGAUAGAUACACAUUAAAUGGCAGAUUCAUUGGGGAAAUCCCAACUGCUGUUCUCAUCACAGGUGUCAAUACCCCUGACCAUGGCGUCAUGUUUUCUAAUUUAAACUCAAUGUUCAAAGCAAGGGUCACACCCUUGGUAGCUCGGAUUAUGUCCAAAGACUGUUCUCGAGUUUCAAUGCUUGUGGCUAGCGUAGUGCAACAGCUGACAGACAUAACAGUAAGCUUAGACGAUGAUGAGUUGUGUGCUGAGGCUGCUGGAUUAGAAAAUGAAUCAAUCCUGGAGAACACUCCUGUCAAGCUAAAGAAAAAUAUUCGACAUAAAAAAGCUGUUAACAUGUCUACUCUUGUUAAAUGGUAUGGUAAGACUUAUUCAGAUUCAGCUGUCAGUACAUUGGCACAGAUAAGAGAAAAGACUACCAGUCCAUGUAAAAAGAAAUGUGGCAACAGUGAAGUGAAAACCAAAGUAGUGGAAAAUGAAUCGAGCAAAAAGAAGCCGUUGGUGAUUUUAAUGCUUGAAGAUUCUGAAAACAUCAGCUCUAAUGUUCUACAGGAUUUCAUACUGCUGUGUAGUAGCUAUUUAUCAUCUUUGCCAAUUGUUUUAGUUCUAGGAAUAGCAACUGCUGUCACUGCAAUACAUCAACUUCUACCUACAUCAGUGUCAUCAUUACUAUGCAUGGAAAAAUUUCAUGCACCUCCUGCAUCACGUUACCUUACACAACUGAUGGACAAAAUUAUCAUGACUUCAGAUUUGCCAUUUAAACUUGGACCAAAAGUAUUUCAUUUUUUACUUGACAUUUUCCUUUACCAUGAUUUUUCAAUUACCAACUUCAUUGCUGGCUUCAAGUACAGCAUGACAGAACAUUUUCUUUCUAAUCCAUUGAGUUUGUUAUGCUGCUAUGAAACUGACAUAGCUAAUACGGUAUCACGACUAACACAUUCUCAGCUUGAAGAUCUGCGUAGACAUUCUGCAUUUAUGAAGUAUGUUGAAGGUACCCCAGGUCAUGAGCAAAUAAAAUUAAUAACAGAUGAUAAUGUAACAAAGAUAAAGAUUUCUGAACAAUUACAAGCUAUGCAUGAUCUUCAUACGAGAAAGUUUCCAUCCAUGCGUUUUCUUCAUUGCCUAGGACUUAAUUUGCCAAAACAUCCACUUGGCAAACAGAUCAGAGAACUGUAUUCCACUUGUCUCAGUGAAAGUGUUUGUGAAUCUGAAGGAUAUAAACAAACAUUCAACUUUCUCCGCAUCAUGUGCUGCGAUGAUUUACAUGAUGUUCUUGGUCUUUGUCUCAAUACUAUAAGUGAAGUAAAAAUUUCAGAAGUCAGAAAUUUAUACAAUGAUGUAGAGAAAUUCAGAUACAGGCUUAAACAUUUAGAUGAAGAAAUGGAGGAUUCUGAACAUGAGAAUAUACAGAGUGAAGUAAGAAUUCUCCCUCAAAGAGCCAAGUUGCAUGAACUGAAAGAAAAGCUGCAACUUAUAUCCUCCUCUAGAAAGAAAUCACCAUAUGAAUGUUUACGUGAUGAAAUACUGAAUUCACUUGACAACCACUUUAGGAAUCUACUUCAGUGUCCAAUGACACACCCACUUCAUGAGAUUUUUUACUUUAACGAUGUGAGUGCAAUAAGAGAUCACAUUAAAGCAGCACCACGCUGUUCUAUCCAGCAUGCUUUGUCACAACCUGGUAAAUAUUUGUCUUGUUCAUGCUGUCAGUGUGAUGCUGAAUCAAUUCUUCCUUCUAUGCCGGAUGUUUGCAUUGUUUAUAAACUCCACUUAGAGUGUGGGACACUGGUAAACCUUUAUGACUGGCUUCAGGCUUUUGUUGUUGUUAUAAGCUCAAAAGGAACUGACAUGAAAAAACCAACAAAGGCUAGCAAAACCCCAUCUUUGGAGCAUAGAGCUAGAUUUAUCAGAGCUGUUGCAGAGCUUCAAUUUCUUGGAUUUGUUAAAGCUACUCAACGAAAAACAGAUCAUGUUACUAGACUAACUUGGUAGGUUGUAUGCAUUAUCAUCUAUCAUAUUUUGAAAUUAAAAAUUAUAUUUUAAAAAAUUUGGAGAUUUUGUUUGAGAUUUUCUUGUUUUUGCUAUUAAAAAGAAUAUUUGUUGUUGUUUUUUUUAUGUACAACUUAUAUAUCAGAUAAUUUAUAAUGUUAUAGCUAAUGUCACCUUGUUUACAACUUAUAAGCUUAGCUUUUCUUUCUCUUAUAUUUAUAUAGAUGAAACAGUAUAAAAAUACCAAGCAUACUAUUAAUUAGUCCAUAACCUUUUUAUGUAAAAUGAAGUUCA